UAACUUCACACGCGUUAAGCUGUCAAACACGUCAACACACAACAAAAGACCUCCUCCACCGGUGUUGAUAAGCCACGUUAAUUAUUAGUUUAAAUCUCACAUAAAUCAACAAAUUAAACAUGGAAUCGAUGCUCAGAUACGUAUCACCGGUGAACCCCUCGAUCUAUCCGCACUUGACGCUCAUCCUGCUUGGAAUCGGCAUCUUCUUCACGGCCUGGUUCUUCGUCUACGAGGUGACCAGCACGAAGAAAAGCAGAAGCCUGAAGAAGGAAUUGGCUGUGUCUCUGGUUGCCUCCAUCUUCUCUGGAUUCGGUAUCUUGUUCUUACUACUGUCAGUCGGCAUAUAUGUUUAGUUUUAAGCAGCGCAAACCCAAUCUAGACCUAAGCUUUUAUUACGCAAAUCAGAAAAAAAAAAAACAUAUUCCAUCGUAGCGAUUA